AUUAUUUUGUAUAUUAUACUUUAUUUUCAUUCAUUUUUUUUAUUUUUAUUUUUAUUUAUAAAUAUAAUACACUUUCAAAAGUAUACCACUUCAACCAUUGUAAUAUAUACAUUCAUAUAUUCAACAAAAUAUGUCCGAAAAACUGGAAACUGAACAAGUACCGCGUUUGAAGGAAACAUUCUCUGAAUCGUCCAUUAAUGAAAAAGCAGUUUCACCUUCUUUUGUGGAAUCUAUUGAAGACUCACCUAUUGAAGAAGUGAGAGCUGCUGUUCCACCUACUGACAAUACUGAUUUACCUACAGCUACUCUUCGUGCUUGGUUAUGGGGAAUUAUCUUUUCUUGUGCUAUCUCUUUUACAAAUCAGUUCUUUUGGUUUCGUGCUAAUCCUUUGACUAUAAAAGUGAUUGUUGUACAACUACUCGCUUUUCCUGCUGGCAAAUUGACGGAAAAAAUCCUUCCUAAUUAUGAAUUCAAGUUAGGUAGAUUUGGUUUCAACUUGAAUCCUGGUCCAUUUGGUGUCAAAGAACAUGUCCUCAUUACUGUCAUGGCAAAUGCUGCUGCCACUUCUUUUGAUGCUAUUGAUAUUAUUGUAGUUCAAAAAAUCUAUUAUAAUCAAGACUGGGGUUUUGGUGGUGGUAUUCUUUUGGUGCUUACAACUAGUUUGAUUGGUUUUGGUUUUGCUGGUAUUUUACGACGUUAUCUUGUGCGACCUGCUUCUAUGGUAUGGCCUAUCAAUUUAGUGAAUGCAACUCUUUUCCAUACUCUUCAUCAACAAGUUCCCAAGGAUGUGAAAGAUGCUGAAGCUACUGUUUCUGGAUUAUCCAUGUCAAGAAACAAAUUCUUCUUAAUUGCCUUUAUCGCUUCGUUUGUAUGGUAUUUCUUCCCUGGUUAUAUUAUCCCUGUAUUGACUUCGAUUUCUUGGAUUUGUUGGAUUAAAAAAGAUUCUGUACUUGUAUCUCAACUUGGUAGUGGUAUCAAUGGCCUUGGUUUAGGUAGUUUUACUUUGGAUUGGUCUACUUUAUCUGCAUGGUAUCCUAGUGCUUUGGCUAUUCCUUGGGUAGUAGAAGCAAAUAUGUUGGCGGGAUUCAUCUUCUUUAUCUAUAUCUUGGUUCCUAUUGUUUAUUACACCAAUACUUGGGAAGCAAAGAAAUUCCCUUUUUACAACACAAAUCAAUACGAUAUCUGGGGCAACAAAUUCGAUCGACAACGUGUUUUGACUCCUAAUCAACUUUUAAAUGACACUGCUUAUGAAGACUAUUCACCUAUUCGUAUUACAUCAUUCUUCGCUAUUUGUUAUGGUCAAGGAUUAGUGGCAUUGGGAGCUAUCGUUACACAUACUAUCUUGUACAACGGAAAAGAUAUUUGGAAUCGAUUCAAGAGUGCUCGUCAGGAUUCAGAUGAUAUUCAUGCUCGAUUGAUGGAUAACUAUAAGGAAGUGCCAGAUUGGUGGUAUGCUGUUCUCUUUGUGUGUUCUCUUGGUGCUGGUUUUGCUACUAUUGUUGUUUACCCAUCUGAUAUGCCCUGGUGGUCUUUGAUUAUUGCUGUCAUCUUGGCAUUUAUCUGGUUAUUACCCGUUGGUAUUAUUACAGCCAUCACAUCUCAAGCUCCUACUAUUUCUAUGAUUACUGAAUGGGUAUAUGGUGCCAUCGCUCCUGGUCAUCCUAUUGGUAAUAUGAUCUUCAAGACUUAUGGUUAUAUCACAGUUCGUCAAGCACUUUUAUUUGCUCAAGAUUUAAAACUAGGUCAUUAUAUGAAAAUCCCUCCUCGUGAAAUGUUUAGUUUCCAAGUGGUUGGUACCAUCAUUGCCUCCUUUGUAUCUCUUGGAACUACCAAUUACUUGAUGAACUCCAUCAAAGGUAUUUGUACAAAAUCUGCGUAUCCUUGGACAUGUCCCAACAUGAACUUAUUUGGUGCUUCAUCUGUCAUCUGGGGUUUGAUUGGUCCUGGCAAAUUCUUUGCUUCCAAUUCAUUAUAUGCCUUCCUGCCUUACUUUUUAUUGAUUGGUUUCCUUUUACCUGUACCUUUUUGGUUGUUGGCUCGUCGUUAUCCCAAGUCUUGGGUACGUCAUAUUUCUAUCCCUAUGGUGUGCCUUGGACCAUUGCCUUAUCCUCCAGCUCCUACGAAUGCUGCUACUACUUGGGCUGCUGUCGGAUUUGUCUUCAACUUCUUUAUCAAGCGUCGUUACAAUGGUUGGUGGCGCAAGUACAAUUAUGUCCUCUCUGCCGCUUUAGAUUCAGGUGUCGCUGUAUCUGCUAUUGUUAUCUUCUUUGCCUUCCAUUAUUCAAACAUCAACUUUCCUACUUGGUGGGGCAACAAUCCGGAUUCAAUUGAUCAAUGUCCUUUGGCAACAGCAAAUUGGGCUGGUGUCGAUGUUUACUCUUAGUUUACUAUCUUCUCCUCCUUUUUAAUUUAUUUAUUUUAGUUUUAUUUAGCUGUUGUAUAUAUAUAUAUAUUAUUUAUAUUCUAUUUCUAUAGAUGGAUUUAGUUUAGUUUAUACCAUUUUUAUUUAUUUAUUUAUUUAGUUUCAUUCCAUUUUUUUUAUUCAUCAUCAUAUUUAAUGUAU